GGUUUGUGUCUUAUUUUAUAUUGUGAGCUUCGCUACCUUUUCCUUACUUUACUUUUCUUUUCUCUUUUCAAAAAGUACAGUGCUACUUGCAUGCAUUAAGCUGCCACUCCUCGGGUCAUGCCUAGGAUCUCACUAUGCCCUUGCUAUUCACUGCAGCCCUUCCCUAGCUCACUUAUAUGGUUGUCAUGUACUCUUGCAAUGUGUUGGUGGGAAUCCUGUUGCUCUUCUCCUUCUAUCAUCUUGUUUUUUUUCUUCUCUUCUCCUGAAUUCCAUCCUUCCUCGUUCGUCUUAUCUGUCACACAUGCAUUGGACUGACUCAAGGUGGUAUUUUUAGCUUUGCAACAUCUCCAACAAUACUUAUGAGUCCCACUGAUUCCUGCUCUGAGACCUUCUCUCCCGCAUCAGGCUCAAUCUACUCCCAUUCACCGGGAUUGCCAUACGACAGAAUGCCGGACUUCAGGUCCCAUCGGGUACCUCCUCUUCAACCACCUACCGGGAUUUCCCUUUCUAUGCAGCCGCAGAGUACGACAGUAUCUGGAAGUGCUGGCCUUCUAGGCAGGAAUGACAGCUAUCCGGGGACAUACACGCUUCAACGUGGCACAUUUCCAUCGCUCUCGAGCAUUAGUGAUAUGUCUAGAAUCUCACAAUAUACCACUACUCCGCGGGUUUUGGAGAGCACUGUCGACCGAUCCUCGCAGAAUUUGAUUUAUGGACAGCCAGGGAGCAUGUUACUGGAGCCGGUCCAGCGCAUGCAACCAUCGAUGACGGAAGCUCCUCCUUUUCACGAUACCAACAUCCUACAUCCAAUCGUCUCUGGCAAUCAAACCAUUAAAACAGAAAUCCAGGCCAAGAUACAUAAAGGAUUCUUCCAAGUCGAUGACAAGUGGACCUGUUAUCGGCGCAAUUAUUUUUCGGUCUCGUGUUCAUUCUCGUUGCACCCAUGGGCCCAUUCGCCUCUCUACCUCAAAUUCACAGAUCAAGGAACCGAGCGUGUCCUGUCAUUUUCCAUGUCAAUAUCGGCUAUUGUGAACGCACAGUUUGGCGAGGUUCGUGAGCUGGUCCAGCAUACGCCAAAGCGAGAUAAACAAUCAGAGAGAAGACCCGGAAGAAUUGUUUUGCAGCCCUGUCAACCCCCGUCGCUGGUUCUGAACCAUGGACCAGGAUCCGGUAGCAGUCAGCAUGCGUUUGGCCUCGCCUCUCAAUCAACAGGGAUGUCCAUUGACUAUAACAACUCUUAUAACAGUGCUCCGCCGCCCUCGCAGCCUCCAACCCAACAUACGUUCGAGCGCAUCCAGUUCCAGAAGGCUACUGCCAAUAAUGGAAAGCGUCGGGCCCAGCAGCAAUACUAUAACCUAGUUGUCGACCUUUACGCUGAAGUCGCAAAUCCAGUGAGUACGGAGACCCAAUGGAUCAAAAUUGCCAGGAAGCUGUCGCAUCCAAUGGUGGUUCGAGGCCGCUCCCCGGGCCAUUACAAAGACGGCCGGCGAGACAGCUCGACGAGCAUGGGUCCCGAUGGGGGAAGCGGUGGCUCGGGCGAUGGUGGUGGAGGGGCUGUACUACAUCCAAGCAUCGGAUCGGCUGUACGGUCUCACUUGGCCCUCAUGUCGUACGACUCUUCGCAGCGCGGCGGUCCACACUAUGGUCGGGCUGACUACAGCCAGAUAACAGCAUCCGACCAGUCCCCAUUGAAUGGAAGCCCGCACAUCUCAUCAUCGUCAUCUUCGGCCUUUGAUAUAGGGGUUUUGAAUGAUACUAUGGAUCCGAUGGACCCCAUCAAAAGCACGUCCAGCAUUGAUUCGUAUCAAGACUCCGGCUUUGGAAUACUGGACGGCCGAAAGGCUGAAAGUCAGUUCCGCCACCAUUUGCGCCCUUUUGAGUAUGACUCUGUCUCAAAGCCUAGUGAGGAGCCUAGCACCAGCUUUUCCGAGCCAUAUGAUUCAAUGGUAUCCAUGAUGCCAAACGGACAAAGCGAGCCUUCACCUUUCCUGAAACACCCGCUUAGAAUGGGGUCCCACAUGUACCAUCAUUCCACUACAAGCAGCUAUGACCCCAUUUACUCCACUCGCUCCAACAAUGGCAGCCAUUACCCUCGGUUCCCGAGCUCUCAGAGCCUAUGUGCUUAGCCCUUUAGCCCUGUUUGGUGCUCCUUCCUUUUACCCCUUCCUGUUUCUAUUUUCAUAAUUCUAUAUGAGUAAUGCAUUAUCGGUUGAUAUUCUCUUUUUGCCGUUUCUGUUGUACUGUUGCUUUCUGCGUCAUGACCG